CGGCCGAUGUCUUUUCUAUAAAUGUCUUACAUCCGUUUAUCCAACGGUCCUGCUUCUCCCUCAGUCCCAAGUGUCUUCCCGUUAUAUAUAUAUAUAUGCACUGACUCUUAGCCCUAUUUCUGCUGUCUCCAACUGCCUGCCCGAGAAGAAGACGAAGAAAGGGGGAGAGGACCUGCAUCGAGAAGCGGGGGACGCUCGGUGGCAGAUUUGUUGAGAAGGCUGCAGAGCAAACUGGAGCAGACAUCGCCGUCCGGCGGUGCUGCUGGUCUCCUAUCGUAAUGGUGGUGACUGAGCUCGGUGCCUCCGGCUCCUUCCAUGAGAUGAUGAGCCCCGGGCGGACGAUGGUUGAUGCAUACAGACCAACCAUCUGAUGUCAUCCACUUGCUCUCAUUCUGUAUGAUGCGUCGAUCGGAAGCGAAGCGUGGCCUGCAAUCGACCGAGUAGGAGAAAUCGUUUGUCACAGUCACACGCGAUUUCGUUGUCAAAAUAGACGUGACGACAAGAGUCAAACGCUAUCAACCUAUCCGUGACGGGACCGACUCAAAAGCCAUUUCCUUCGUUCCCAAGGAAGGAGGACGAGGACAAACGCAUCGAGAUAGAAGUGGGAUCUGCCCAGAGACCUACUACCUCGCUCUCAGCAUCUGUCUUGUUGACCAAGGAACGUUGAUGUGGCCAGUUGACUGUCUCCAGGACCGGUCCAAGCUCAUCGGAGACGAGACACCGUGCAACUGAAGCGAUGACGUAGAGAUAAGCAUCAACAUUCGGAACCUGUCUGGAAACUUACCAGGAAUGUUCAUAUCCGUUUGAAUCAAAUUGUUAAUAUCUAUAAUAUUAAAAUUAGGUCACUGACUCUUUGCCCUAUUUCUGCUGUCUCCAACUGCCUGCGCGAGAAGAAGAAGAAAGGGGGAGAAGCCGGCGGCGAUGGCGAGCUUGGCGAGGCGGAGGGCUGGAGAUGUUUUCCGGCCGGAGGCGGUGCGCCGAGCUGCCGUGUUCUGCCGGGGAUUCGCGGCGGCGGCGGACGAGAACGACGUGGUAGUGAUCGGCGGCGGGCCCGGUGGGUACGUGGCGGCUAUCAAGGCCGCGCAGUUGGGGCUCAAGACGACCUGCAUCGAGAAGCGGGGGACGCUCGGUGGCACCUGCCUUAACGUCGGAUGCAUCCCCUCGAAGAUAGAUGUAGAGGCCGCCUGCGAAGCAGUCGAUGAAGACGAACAUGACUACACGCAACAGCAUGUCGGCGGUGAGGUGGAGCAGAAUCCGGAGCACAAAGGCGACCGCCGAGUAGACGAUACGGGCGUAGAAGACGGGCACCGCGGUCGAUAUGUGUAUUAUAUGAGAUAUUAAAUAGGAUUAUAGAGGUUUCUAGAAGAAAUGUAUUAUCUUCAAUUGGCAUAGUGUCAAUGAGAUUUAAGAAAAAAAUUUAUUGCUUA